AUGUCUAUUGAUAAAUAUGUACCAUUGGAAGAAUCAAAUCCAAAAACAAUAGCUGAAGAAAUAUCUCAUUAUGGACUUUUGUGUAAAGAUGGUCCACUGAUAGAUGCUGUUACAUUCUGGCAACGUUAUGGAGAACAAAUGUCAUUAUUAAAAUCUAUGGCACAGCAAUAUUUAUCAACUCCAGAAACAAGUGUAGCUUCCGAGUCAGCGUUCAGUAUCUCAACAUAUGUUGCUCGCAAAGAAUGGACUCGACUCAGCCCGAAAAACAGCUGCUACACAGUCUUCUUACAAGAUAAAUUAAGAUCUCGUUAA